GAAACCAGAUUUCUUGACUCUUCAUUUUUUUUCCCUUUGCUUUGCUUCUCUUACGCUGUAGCAUAAGAGCAAUUGCACCUUGCUUCUUUUAAAGUACUCUAUUUUAUUUUUGGAGGCAAUCUUUGUUUUGGUAGUGUUGGACAAUUUGGAUCAGGGACUAGUUUCAAUUUAUAUUGAUGUGCAUGGAGCUCCAACUGGGACUUGCUCUUCCAAGUACUCCUCCUAUUCCCAUCAAGAUGUUCGACCUAAACAGCUACGGUUAUGAACCUAGGGAGGCUUUGGGUUCCAACAUUUUGAGCUGGCCUUUGCUAAAACUGGGUCCAUGCGACAUUAACAAUAUUAACAGUAGCAGCAGCAGUAGCUCUAGCAGCAGCGGUGGCAGCAGAAAACGCGGCUUUGAUGAAGUAGUACUGUUUGAUGAGAACAGAGCUGUUCCCAAAACGCUGCCUCUUUUGCUUUGGACUAACCAACCGAAUGACGAAGAUGACCCUAAAGAUCUCGAGGACAACUCUUCUUCUGCCAUUUUCAAGAAUGAUGGAGAGGGUUUAGUGGGGUGGCCACCAGUUAAAACCUGGAGGAAGAAGCAACGCCGCCAAAUUCCUGAUGGUGGAGCGCAGAACAAUAGGGUAGCUGCGGCGGCGGACAAUGGCUGUGGUGUUAGAGCUUCAAAUUCCACGUUCGUGAAGGUAAAGAUAGAAGGAGUUGCAAUUGCUAGGAAAAUUGACCUUAGCGUCCAUCAUUCCUUUGAAACGCUCACAAGCACCCUGAUGAGAAUGUUUGGUAUUUCUGAUGAGAAUUGGAAGUGCUUUAGACUCACUUAUCUGGACCGCGAAGGAGACUGGUUGCUUGCUGAAGAUGUGCCCUGGAGGACCUUCAUUCGCUCCUUGAAAUGCCUCAAAUUAAUUAGAAUCAGAGGCUAGAUAGUGGGUUUCUCCUGCACCAACACAUCAAACUAUCAAAAUCGUCGGCCAUGUUCUCAGCUUCCUUUUGAUCUUAAAACGAAUCCUGGUGGCCCUUUUUUUGCUUGGAAUUUUGAAUGACUGUAUGUAAUAUAAUAGUGUAAUUUAAGUCUCUUUGUGUAAAAUCUUAAAACAGCAAUCAGCUCCAUGACAACUGGAAAAGACUAUUUUUUCCCUGGUAGAAGAAAAUUAAUUACUUGUUGCUUAUAUUUUCAAUC